AUGCUCGUCGCCUCAACUCAAGGCAUUUCAGUGAGCGACACACGAUCCAUGGCAUCAACCUAUAUCCCGUCCAACGACGAUGGCCGGCUCUCUAAGCUCCUGCAGCACAUGGAUCAUGACCUGAUAGGCAUCCUGAUGGAAAUAGACGACUUUACUCCCGUGAGAUGCAAUGACUUCAAACGGGCAAGGGGGCUCUGGGCCACGCUGCUAGAAGACUACAGAUCGAAAGAAAGGAAACUGGAAAAGAAGACCUACAUAGAGACCGAGAGAGAGAGUCGGACUCUUCCCACCCUCCGUCUGUGGGCGUUUGACCUUUUGGCGACUCACAUGAUUUGGACGGGCAUGUUCUGGGACACGUCCCCGUACCACUUCAUGCCGUCGUUCCUCGCAGACGAGCCGCCCAAGAGAAUGAUGUGGGACAUGAUGGACAUGCUGGAGAUGGAUGUGCGCUCCUACAACUGGACCACAGUAUGGAGGGAGAAGCCCAUCUGA